GGAGCCGGAAAAGACCAUUGUCGUUCAAGUGUGUAGCAGCCGCGUUGAGGGGGGCAUUUACAGUGAUAUUGUCUCUUGAAGUAUCUAAAUAACAAUCACCGUCGUAUUGUUUCCCCUUUGAGAGAAGUUCUGACAAGCACAACUUUUGAGCUAAACGUAGAGCUCGUUAUGUUCAACCCGCACACCCACCAACAGCAGCAGCAGUUCCACCAGCACCUGCGGCAGUUGCAACAACUUUUCCACCAGCAGCCUCCGCCGCCGCCACCGCCGCCUCCUCCACCGCCACAGCCCGCUCCGGCUCAUCAUGUCGCCCAUCACCAUCACCAGACACCACGAGCCAUCCCUGUGCCUCCACAUACAGCGGCUCCUCCUCCCAGAAUGGUCAACCUGUGCCAGGCAACCCAGACCACCAUUAUCAGCCCCAAUCCUAUGCUCCAGGGAGCCUUAAUGAUGCAGCAGAUGCAAGGUAACAUGCGGGGCUUUGGAAUGGCCGGACAACAGUUCCGUCAAUUCUUCACGGCGACAAACAGGUCUCUGCUGGGGCCGGUACCAAUUGGCAUGGCAAUGAAGUCCCCCCUCAUGGGUUUCCCUGCUGCUGCCCGGCCCUUCCACCCUCACCCUCGCUUCUACAAUAAUCCCGCCCUAACCACCAGCGCGGCCGGCACAAGCACGGCCACCACUUCCUCUGUUACCGCCACCAGCACAGAUGCCGUUGUUCCGCAGUCGGACAAGAAAAGUGACAGCGAGCAGAUGGCAGACGGGCGUACAGCUGACAUUCCAGCAGUUAACAAGGACAGCACAACUGAACCAGAUGGUGUUCUGGAAUGGGUCGAUGGAUCUGCACAGAGCUUUGAGGAACAGCUCGAAGAACCUGCAGUGAAGAGGCAGCGGAUGGAAGGGUCUGAGGAGCCUAAAGAGGAUGCUGUGCUCAACACUGCAAAUUCAGAUGGUGAUAAUCUCGUUUCAGAAUGUAACAUAGAAGGCAGCCAGCUUGAUGACUGCCUUCUAGAGGAAAGAGGCCUGACACCGGGUUCAGGACCUGCUGAGGGAGUGGAGGAGUGCCAUGCCUCCCUCGUGGGUGAUGGUGAGCCAUCAGACAAACAGGAAGCAGAGGGGAGUGCUACAGAGGGUGUCAACAAGUUCUACUGCUACCUUUGCACCAUUACCUGCCACAGUCAGGAAAACUUUAGGAGUCAUAUGAACAGCGUUUCCCACCAGCAGAGGAUGAUGGAGAUUCAGCAUAUGAGCAACGCUUGCCUGGUCACACUGCUGCCACGAUUGCACGAGACUCUACAGGGGACCAGUAAAGAUGGAGAGAAAAAAGCAGACACGCAGCGCUGGUGUGCCACCUGUUGUGUUCACUACUCCACCAGUAUCUCGGAGCAUCGGCGCACAGAGGAGCACAAAUUUGCGAACAGAGCAGCUGUGUCGUCCUGCAGCGUAUGCAAGAAACACUUCAGGAGCUCCAAGCUAUUUGUGGCACACUUACAGUCCCAGGAGCACCGCCAGAGAUUAGAGAAGGAAAUCUCUGUCACUUCAUCCAAGUUGCUGGACAAAGACGGUUUUGACUUGGAGGAAGAGAAGGAGGAGGAUGAUAGGCGCGACCCGGAUGAAGAAGACUUCCCUGAGAACCAGGAUGGAUGGAGCUCAGGUAGAGAGGUUACUCUGAAGGACAUGGCGAGUGGUGAGCAUUACGACCCUGACACCAUCUACGGGUCCAGCUUCUUUGUGCCUGUGGCCGGUUUCAUCUGCCAACUCUGCAACAAGUUCUACCAUUUUGACUCGUCGGCAUUACACACACACUGCAAGUCCCUCAAACACUUUGACAACCUCAAGAAACAUAAAGAAUCGCUCGACGAAAACACCGGCAACAACAACCGCAGGUCUUUAACAGGAACUACCACAGACUCUCUGGAAGGUGAUUGCCCCUCCAGUAACGCAGAGUCAGUGUCAAAACUCAGCAGUACAGAAAACCAGCUCCAGGACAAUGCAGAGGAGCCCGGCACUUGUCAAACGUCGAAGGCUCCGGCCAAGCUCCCUGCUGACAGCACUGAUCUGCCAGCCUCCAAUGACAACACCAAUGAAGAAAACAAUGAAAAUGCUUUGCCGAAGCCAAACACCAGGCGCAGGUCCGGUAGGGCCGCAAACAGGCGCUGAUGGACGGAUGACAGACUUGACACCUCCUCAAAAAAUCUCUCCAUUUAAACUUAAAUGUUAUGGUGGAGCAUGUCACCGAAAAAUGAUGGGAUGGACAAUUUCAAAAUGAGAAAAAUUAGCCCAAUCCCAAUGAGACAAAAUUGAAUUGUGGAUUCAAAGGGCAAAAAUUAAUACAUACUCUAUAUUAUUGACACAUUUAUUUGCAAGGAAGGGUUCCUUAAAUUGAUAUACAUUUGUGGGAACUAAAGGAAAAUUAUUUGUUACUAGUACUUUUGGACUCUCAAAAGUCAAACUCCCCAAAAGAUGUACGAUUUGUAUUUUAACCAUAAUGUCUGAAAAAAAAAAAAACUUCGGUAUCUAAACCAGAAACUCUCUCAAGAUGCCAGCACAGUGAACUACUAAAAGAAUGUAUUCCCCAAGUGUAUUUGCUUUUUGUGGAUUUUUUAAUCCCCCCCCCUCCUCUCGGUGAUCCCACCCAAAAAACAGAAAUGGCAGUUAGCAAAGUGUCAGACUGCUCAGUACGAUAGGAACAAUAUCAACUACAUGACUAAUCCUACCCAUCUGAUACAAGCAAAAAGGGUAAAAAAAUAUAUAUAAAAAUUUCAUGAGCAACCGUUUUUGAGUACUCACCAAUGCCUGUAAGAUGCCACUAGUGUACACUAAACGACUUUGUGUCCCCCUCCAUUGUGUCUGUACAGCUUUAUUUGAAAGCUUGUCCAUCAAGGCAGAUUUAUGAUUUAUGCUGCUCACAAGACUGCUUGUAUGUCAUGAUGUGUUUAAAAUCACAUUUGACCAUCAGUGUUUAUUAGUGGCAUUUUGGUGUCACAUUCUAGGUGUUAUUUAGUGAAGUUUUGAUAUUUGAUGGAAGAAAAAAAGGCUUGACACUGCUUCUUAAACCACACACAGUUUAUUUUGGCUUCACUUUUUGCACCAUUCUGUUAUGAAAGGGGUUCACUAAUGCAUCACUUCCUUUUUCUUAACUGUUGCGGAAACAUUUCAUCCUCAGUUGUAGUUAUUUAAAGUCUUGCUCAUAUGUAGCAAAGCUUGACAUCACCCUGAUGACCAGGCACAUGAUUAGCACAAGCCCCCACCCCCCUCCAUUGUUUUUGUCCGCAGGAAGAUAUAUAUUGUAGCGCUGAAUGAUGUGAUUUCAAAACAAAUCUUGUUUCUUAUGACUAUUUUUAUUCAGCUACAGACAAAACUGAAAUCAAGAUGUUUUCUAAAAUGCUGGACGUAUUUUUUUGAUGUCAUUUUGAUUUAUAUUAAAAUGUCUCAUUU